GUAAAUAAAAUUUUAAUGUUUUUGUUGAUGAAAAAUACGUUGGAGUUUGACAAUUAUGAAAUGUUUUAUUAUGACGUAAUAAUAGUCAUAUUUUCUUCACAAAACCCUCGACCUUGUUUAUUUGAUAUCGUCAAUACUGUGGUAGAUACAAACUUCGGAGUUAUAGAGAUCGUCUUGUUCAUUAAGUUCGAUACAGGAUCGAUAUAUUUCACCGCUGACCACUACGAAGCCGGAAUUUCGAUGAACCGGAACCGUCAGUUGUACCGUGCUCUAACUAUGGCGGAGGGUAGUAAACAGAAAUUACCAAAUCUGAAGAUUUGUAUCGACAACAACGAAGGCAGCGACAACGAAGAGAUUAUAUUCACUGAUAAGGAUGAUUACUCGUUUAUCGAUGAACCUUAUUCACACAGGGUCGAAUUCAGUGUUCGUCUCAAUGAAAAUAACGAAGCAAAGAAAUUUGAGAGAAAGAAGUAUGAAAAUAAAGAUGGGAAUUUUGUAACAGGCAUCGACAUCACAAAAAAGGAAGAAGAAGAGAAAAGAGAAGAACGAGCUCGUCGUUUUGGUCUGGAAGGCAACAACUAUCAUGUCAGUUUGGCCGCUCUUUAUGCUAGCCUUGGCAUCCGAGAGGAAGACCUGCACAAGGACGAGCGAGGCAUUCGUCUCGAGACAGUCCAUGUCCGUGGUGUGCAGGACAUGAGUACAAAAGAUGUCUUUCACUAUUUUCAAGAGUUUGCUCCCUCGACUGUCGAAUGGAUUGAAGACAGUUCCUGCAAUGUUGUUUGGUCCGAUGCCAUGACAGCUGCUAGAGCCUUGAACAAAUUAAGCCGAAGCCGCGAUGUUGUUAAUUCUUGGACCAACACAAACGAGAAUUCUGCUGCCAAAAGUCCAACUGCCGAUGAAGAGAAUCAGCUGAAGCCUGACACACAAUUUGACCAAAAGGAAAUCAGUGAAACCAGUGAGAAAGAAAGUAACGCUACCAAAAUGAAUGUGGACGAGGACAGCAAUAUGUCAGCGAUUUCUUCAGUGUCUCACAGUGAAAGUACUUGCGAAAACGACAGCGACAGACAGAUGGAAAGCAAAAGGAGACCAAGUGAUAGCAAAGACAGUGAGGAUGCAGAAACACGAGAAACAACACCUCAACCGAUCGAUGCGAAGAGCGAAGGGGAACUGUCCAGCUCUGAAGACAAUGUCGAAUUGGAGAAAAACUACAGAAGGAAGUUGUCAUCACGUUUGCUAGAAAAUGUGCCAGCAGCAGUUGAUCCAUGGAAUAGUGCAGAUGACAUUCCUUGGCCACCUGGCAAGUGGCGUCUUGGGGUUCCAACCAGUAAAACCAGCCAACAUAUAUUUAUGAGAUAUGCCACAAAAGCAGUUGUUGUUGCAGCUGACCGAAAAUUGCCUGGAGCUGAGAAAAGGAGUCAGUAUUAUGUAAGACACGGCAACCCCAACUAUGGAGGUAUGAAAGGCCUCAUUAGCAAAUCCCGCAAACGGCGAAUCCGCUCAGUGAAGGACGAGAUUCCCAAUGAAAACAUAAAAGAUAAUCUGAAUAAUCUAACGGCAUCCGAUCGAGUAGAAUUGUCUGAUUGGUCGAGCAGACACCUUCAUGAUGACUUAGCAUCUUCUGUACAGGCAGCAGCGGCAGCGGCAACAACAACAGCAGCAGCACCACCACCAGCAAAACAUCGUAUGAUGAGAAUGUAUGCAGAUGAUGUUGAAGCCGAGUUAAAGGCGAAAAGGUCUGGUCAUUCUAGAGUGUCACAUAGGAUUGGUAGUGGCUCGUUAUCGCACAGGAUCGGCAGUGGUGGUCAUGGCAUACAGAACUGGGUAGGCAGUUUGUCAGGCAGCAGCAGCAGUAAACCGGUGAAAGAUGCUCGACAGCUUUUAUCCAGAUCCGACAAUGUUGGCAUGAAAAUGAAACUUUUCAGCAUUUACAAGAAAUCCUUGUGAAGAGUUUAGUCAGGUAAACGAGUUGUCCAACACAGGUGUGAAUGGAAUGAAAUAUUUAGUUGUCACAACAUUAUAUCUGUGGUUCCCUCUGCUUCUUCUUCACUAUUAAGGACUCCUACCCUACAGACCCCAAGUCAGGUAGGUAGACCCUUUCGCUGUCUAACCAAUCAAUUAACAAGCAACAAACUUCUUUUCUUGUUUCCAUCUCUCAAUUAAAAGAUGCAACAGAAUAAUAAUUGUGUGUAACUAAUAUCUUUUGCACUGCAAUCCACAGACCUUCCAUUUCUACAGUGGUGGUCCCUAUGCUUGGAACUGCUUCUCUACAUGGAUGAGCUCAAAUACUGUUGGGGGUCAGCUAUCUGCCCCCACCCCUUCUCUUGACUAACUUAGAAAACAAAAGUUUUAUCUUUCAUUUCUCUGGUGUUGAUAGACUGUGUACCAGUAAUACAUGGGGGUUGAUUCGCAGUCAUUAUGGAACUUGUAUGGUCUGACCAUUGUCUUUGUUUCGGUACACCCUGCUACAACUUAGCAACAGGUUAGUUGCAGUUUCCUCCAGUUUUUCCAUUUUUGUUCCCUGAUUCGACUUUGUCUUUCACUGGGUUCUUACCAUAAUUCUAUUAAAAUAUUCUGGCCUUGUUUUAGUUAACAUUGAAAAUAAUGAAGAACUUAGAUAACUUAGUCAUUAUUAAUUUUGGUAUUUGGAACAUGGCUUAACAUGUCAAAACAAGUUUGGACCCAGAGCCAGGGGAUGGUUAUGGGGGGAUUGUAUAGUUAUUGCCUUUAGAGACUUUUAAUACUGGAACUAUCAGUGGUUUUGCCCACAAAGCAGUAAUUAACAUUCGUCGUUUCUUGAACUUUAAUCAGAUUAAUUUCAUUUUGUUUUCAUUUAGAUUUAUAUGAAUUAAAACAUAUUUUCUCAAAUAUCUGAGAUGUCACGGGAUCUCUUAGCACCACUGUGUUGAUGCUCUGCUAUGUGUGGGGGGGGGGGG